AUGCAAAAUAAGGCAGAGCAAGAUAGAAAUCAGGAGGCUACCGUGUACCUCGGCAACCUGGAUGAACAAUGUACAGAUGCGCUGGUAUGGGAGCUCAUGCUGCAAGCCGGUCCUGUCUCCAACGUGUUUCUCCCGAAAGACAGAAUCUCUCAAGCCCACCAAGGCUUCGGUUUUUGUGAAUUCAUGUCUGAAGAAGACGCCGACUACGCUGUCAAGAUCAUGAACCAAAUCAAACUUUACGGCAAACCCAUCCGGGUCAACAAGGCGUCCUAUGACAAGAAGCAGGUGGAUGUGGGGGCGAAUCUGUUUGUGGGGAGCUUGGAGGCGAAUUUGGACGAGCAGUCCUUGUACGAUACUUUCGCUGUGUUUGGGUCAUUGGCGGAGCAGCCCAAGAUUGCCAGAGAUCCUUCAAAUGGCCUAUCAAAGGGAUACGCGUUCGUUGCGUACAACGACUUUGAAGCUGCCGAUGCGGCUAUAGAGAAUAUGAACGGACAAUUUUUGGGAGGAAAGCAGAUCACGGUACAAUAUGCGUUCAAGAAGGACGGAAAGGGCGAGAGACAUGGUAGUGAAGCUGAAAGGAUGCUGGCUGCCCAGGCCAAGAAAAGGCAGAUAUUACCAUCUACAGGAGGCAACCUCCCUUAUCAAGGGCAAUACGCCAACGCCCUCUCUGCUGCUGCCGCAGUUCAACCUGCUCCCGUCUAUCCCCCACCCCCACCUCCUGGAAUGCCAGUCUACCAACCUCAGGCGCCUGCUGGACAGCCUGCCUACCCCGGGUACCAACAAAUGCCGCAAGGUUACGUGCCACCCCCACCGACAGGCUUCCCUGGGGCACAAUACCAAAUGCCUGGGCAAGCGCCUCCGCCUCCGCCACCCAUCAGGAUGGGCUUCUAG